AUGACCAGCACCAAGAAGGGAAAGGCAGUGAAUGCCACUAAGGAGGGGCCGAAGCUCAAGGUCUUGAACCGCCCUCCAACGAGAACCAUCGUUCGUUGGAAUGACGAACUGGACAAGAAGCUGCUUCUUGCAAUUCAAUCCGCCUGCAACAAACAUGGAGUCCGCGUUCCAUGGGGCGAAGUUGCAAACAUGAUGCAAAACAACAUCACGGACGGUGCAAUUGUACAGCAUUUGGCAAAGUUACGCACACGAAUGGUGGAAGCUGGCAUGGAAGUCCCACCACCACUCCGUCGCGCAGCUGGUUCACUUCCAAAGUCCCCUGAGGUUGUUGAAGAUCUCCCGGCACCUAACCCUGUCGCCGGUGGGAAGACCAACAUCCGCAAAAAGGGAGCGAAGAGGUCUUUAUAUGAUUCUGGUGAUGAAAGCUUCGAUGACGGCAAAAAGUCCAAUAAAAAGUCCAACAAAAAGUCCAAAGCGAUAAAGGAAAAGGACAACUCAGACAAUGAUAAAGGCAAGACAAAUAAUAUCCCCAUCAAAUCUGAAGAUGAGACCGAAGAUAGCGGAGUGUAUGGACUUCAGGUCACCAGCGAGACUGAGUCCGUCAACGAGAAAGCAGACCAGGAUUUCGUCGCUACUGGUGAAGAAUAUGCAAACUUCAAGUAUGCAAAGUCUGCGUCCGUAGGCACACCUUCCGGCAGCGAGCCAUCCAACCAAGGUGAACCUGGUUUUAUUCAUGAAGCCAGCAAUGAUGAGAAUGCAGCCCUCCCAAUCCAAAAUUCACCAGAAGAGGUCGCAGUUCUGCGGUAUCUCGGUAACACCGGACAGCAUGCCAUCCAGCCGGGCGAGAUUCAGGCACCUUCUGCAACGGAAGCUGUAAUGAACGGCCUGCAGGGAGUCCCAAUGGGUAUCGACCAGGCUGUUCCCCCUGAAUUCACUCCGCAUCACAAUCUGCAUGACUUCACUACGCCACCUCCCUGGCUGGAAGACCCCACAGAUGGCAACCGUCUCGAGAUGCCAGCCCAGUUCGAGUUGAGAGACUUUGGCUUUAUUCAUGGUGCAACCGAUCAAAACGUAGCAUUUGUUCGGGGUUUCCAGCCCUCUUCAGCCCGGGAUCAGUUCCAGCACGGCUCUUAUGCUCCACAUCCCCUUUAUCCCAAUGCACUCCGGCGUUAA